GUUUCGUUUAAGGACAACGACUUUACGACGAAAUACGUGUAGCGAGAAGAAAACCGGAUAUAUCUGGCGAAGGCCUGUUGGAAAAAUCAUAAAUUUGAAGAGGUACGCAAUCUGUGCAAACCAGCCUAAGUGUUAUUAUCGCAUGGCAGUGUGUUUAGACGGGAAAAAGGUCUGCAUUUGCCUCCCCCUUACCGGACUGCUUUUGUGUUGCUUGUACAGUAUUUUAUUGAAGGAACCUAAAACGCGGUUUGCAAGCAGGGAUUUCAAAGGUGGAGAUGACUUAUUUGAAGUGAACAGCUAUGUAAACAAUUCCAUGUCAUUGGAAUAUGAUGACCCUGCUAGACGUUUGUCUUCAAGUGCAAUAGGAAAGAAUACAGAACAAUGGAAUGAACGCGUCUCCAAAGGAAGGAGCAAACAUAUUGAACAAAAACGUCUCCCAAAUGCUAUAAUUAUAGGCGUCAAGAAAGGAGGUACGAGAGCUCUGCUGGAGUUUCUUAAAAUCCACCCAAAAAUUAAGGCGUGCCCAUGGGAAGUGCAUUUCUUUGAUACCGAUAAGAACUAUGAGUUGGGACUGGACUGGUAUAGGGAACAAAUGCCAGAGUCAUACAAAGGUGACAUCACUGUUGAGAAAACGCCAGCUUACUUUGUGAGGGAUAAGGUUCCUCAGAGGGUUUAUAGGAUGUCAAAGAGCGUCAAGCUCAUUGCGAUAGUACGUAAUCCCGUCGAGAGGGCAAUUUCGGAUUAUGUGCAGGUUACACACAGAAGACAUGGCGUUCUACCGCCGUUUGAAAGAUAUGUAACGAAUGAUAAAACAGGAAAGGUUCUGAGAACUUCCAUCGGUUUAAUAAGAAUUGGUGUUUACGUAAAACAUUUACGGAAUUGGUUAAAAUAUUUCCCAAUCUCACAGCUUCACUUCGUCAACGGAGAUGAUUUGAUUACUAACCCAGCCAAGGAACUGCAAGCUGUGGAGAAGUUUCUUAACAUCGAACCCUUUAUUAAGAAGGAAAACUUCUACAUUAAUCAAACCAAACGUUUUCCCUGUAUUAGUAGGUCUUUCAAGUUGAAAAAAGAGAAUUCAGGUUGUUUGUCUGAGAGUAAAGGAAGACCUCACCCUUCUAUUAGAAGUGACAUUCGCAAACUUUUGGAAGACUACUUUCGGCCGUACAAUGAGGAGUUUUAUAAAGAAGUAGGAAGAGAUUUUCAUUGGUAAUAAACAAAACAGUGUCAUGCUUAAACACUAACUGAUAUUGCAAGUAUACUUCUGCAAUAAAGUCAAUCAUUAUUACUUUUUAAAAUAUCAAUUUCACAGCCUUGAAAUUUCGUGAUUCGUGUUGUUCAUUCACAAACCGUGGCAAUAAGUUUUCAGGAUUGUUUGUGUGAUUUAGGCGAAGCUCUCGUUUGUUUAUCUGUAAGUUUUCUGCCAACAAUAAUAUAAUUUCAGCAGCAACGCUCUUAUCCGCUGGCUUGGAGACGGCACAAACUGCGUCAAUUAUGGGAGAAGUUUAUGGCGUGAUUUUUCUCAACUACUGGCAUUAAUGUUGUUGGUGGUGUCAUUGUUGUUUUUCUUGUUGUUGAUUCUCUUUCAAUGUAUAGGAUUUGUUUACCAGGCAUGGUUUACUACAAUGUUUGAUUUGAAUCCAAAGAAAAUUCUGUAACUUUUCCACGGCGAUUUCAAAAUCACGAGAUUUAUUUUGAAAAAAUUGAUCGACGACUUUGAUCAUCACACCAAAGCUUGAUCUAUUUUAAAUUAGUGUCGAUCAGUUCGAAGCUGUUGAGGUCAGGAGCUAACGGCUAACAGUAACAAGAUCACCGCAAUGAAGAAUGGCUGGAUUUUGCUGUA